AUGGCUUCAAGUCGCAGCUCAUUUCGGAGGAGCGUUCUGCUGGUAGUGGUUUUCUCUGUGAUGCUGUUCACCUUUCGAAAGAGUGCCAUCAACUAUUCAGCUCGCCCGGGGCCUGCCCCUUCCAUUGAUGAUCAGAAGCGGUUCUGGUAUGCCUUUCAUGCGAUAAUCAAGGCUUCUACACCGGGCUGCAAAGCACCCAUCAAACUCGAAGAGAAGCCAGAGCCACUGGAAUUCCAUCCGGAUGUUAUUGGAAAUAUCACUUUACCAGAGAAUCUUAUGCUAGACGAAAGGGAUAAGAGGAAGCUAAAACUUGCUCAUUCUCGAUUCCUAGGGCUGCUCACUCCCCCAGACGGGCCACUACUGCCCUUUCAAAGGAAAUCUCGAGGCAUUGUCUCAACGGCCAGCAAAUCUAUGCUCCCAACGCUCGUAACAUCCAUCUAUAUGCUGCGAGUCACCGGAUCAAAGCUUCCAGUUGAGAUAUUCCUUGCAGAUAAACGUGAAUACGAUGCGUUUACAUGUGGUCUAUUGCUCCGGUCUCUAAAUUCACGCUGUAUAAUCCUGGAUGAGAUACUCUCCUUUUCACCUUUGCAAGAAGGAUUGAUGAAAUAUCAAUUUAAAAUAUUUUCACUUCUCUUUUCUUCGUUUGAAGAGGUCUUUUUUCUUGAUGCGGAUGCGUUCCCAAUACGUGAUCCUGCUCCUCUAUUCACCUCGAAACCAUUCACAUCAACCGGGAUGGUGACAUGGCCGGACUUUUGGCAAAUUACAUAUCAUCCUUGGUUUUUCGAAAUAACCUCUCAACGGUUGCCGACCAGCUUUCCCAUACCGUCUACCGAAUCCGGCCAGCUGCUGAUAUCCAAACGGUCACAUUCUAAAGUGCUCUUGCUCUCCGCAUACUAUAACUUCUAUGGUCCUAUGUACUACUACCCCUUACUAUCUCAGGGCCAUCCAGGAGAAGGAGAUAAAGAAACAUACAUUGCGCCCUCAAUAAUCUUGGAUCUUCCAUUCUAUGCGGUUUCUACACGCCCCGAAGUGUUUGGGUAUGUCAGCCAGGACGGCGACUGGAAAGGAGGGGUAAUAAUCCAGGCAGACCCCACAUGGGAGGCUGUAUCGAGGCCAGGUAUAAAUUAUGGAUGGAAAGGAAAGCCUGUCGCGCCCUCCAACGCAUAUCUCACGUUUCACGCGAAUUUACCGAAACUAGACCCGGUUCGAGUCUUUGGAGAGGGCGGACUCGCUUGGACUGCCGACGGCAAACCUCGACGCAUGUGGGGAACAGCAAAGGACUCAAUCCUCCGUGUUGGUUCUGAUGUUGAAAAGAGGUUAUGGAAGGCUCUAGAGAAAACGUCAUGUCAGCUGGAGUGGAAUUUCACCCCUUGGGACGAGAAACCCAGGCUUUGUGAAAAGAUCCAGAGGUUUAUUCAAGAUAUGGCCUAG